CAGAGAGCGUUCUGUGUACCUCUGUAAUAUCUUGAAGGCUGGUUUCUAUGCGUGGAAACAGAUUAUACUUACAUUUUGAUGGUAAGACUAUUGAGAGAUAAUGGAAAAUGCUUCAGGUGUCACAGUGCUUACUCUUUCAGGUUUAAGUUUUACGCUGGAACAAAGAAUUUCUCUUUUCUUGGUUACUUUACUGUGGUACUUAAUGAUUCUGUGGGGAAAUGUCGCUCUUAUUGUCACUGUUAUCAUGGAUAAAAACCUCCAUGAACCUAUGUAUAUCUUUGUAUGUAAUCUAUGCGUCAAUGCACUGUAUGGAACUAUCGGUUUUUACCCCAAAUUCCUUUUGGAUCUCGUUUCAUCUCAUGUGAUCUCUUAUGCUGGAUGCAUGCUGCAGGGUUAUGUAAUACACUCAUCAGUUUGCAAUGACUUUUCUAUCUUAGCUCUAAUGUCCUAUGAUAGAUAUCUGGCUAUAUGUCGACCUCUAGUUUACAAUUCAGUUAUGACAAAACAGAGAAUCUCUAUUUUUGUGUUUUUCUCCUGGCUCAUACCUCUUUAUUGUAUGUUUAUGAACACAGCCACAUUGCUGGGCUCAAGGUUGUGUGGCUCACACAUAAACAGACUCUACUGUGUUAACUGGAUGAUAGUUAGGCUUGCUUGCUCACCGCCCAUAGCAAACACUGCAGUCGCAUAUUUUAAUAUAUUGUUUUUUUUCGGACAUUGUGUGUUUAUAUUUUGGUCGUACCUGUCUGUGAUAAAAAUAUGCAUAUCAUCUAAAGAGAAGCAAGUGAAGUUUAUGCAGACAUGCCUGCCACAUUUAGUCUCCCUAUUGACUUUUAUGACAGCUAUUCUUUUAGAUGUAUUGUACAUUAGAUUUGGGUCUGCUGAUGUAUCUCAAAAUCUCAAUAACUUUAUGUCAAUUGAAUUUCUCCUUGUUCCUCCGAUGGUGAAUCCACUUGUAUACGGAUUCAGACUUACCAAACUGCGCAACAGGAUACUGAAUUUAGUCCAUAUUAAGAGUAAAGAUGCAAAGUGUAACAGCGUGACUGUUCAUGUUAGAGCUGAGCUUUCAAACUGAAACUCUGUGAAUUCAGACAGAUUUGUUCUUAACUGAUUUAAGUUUGUGAAAAUGAUUUUCAAUGCUGUCUAUCAGGGAUGUGUCAGUGGCACACCCCUCAUGUUGAAAAUGUAGCAUCUUAUCUGCAUCUCACCUCAUAUAAGGUAUUUAUCUGCUUCACAAUUGCAUGUUAAAAUAUAGAACAGAAUACUGCAUGUUUCUCUGUUUUUUCAAGUUUAAUUCAUAUUGUUGUAAUGUAUGCAAUGUUUUUUUCCCUUCUUCUGGAAAAUAGCAUACUUUAUCAUACAAUGCAUGAGCAUGUACUGUGGCACUUACAUGGUAUCUAAUAAAUCAUGU